UUAUUGCUAAAAAAAAUCACAGAGAAAAUGAUAAAAAGCAAUAAGUUAGUUUAGCUGUUUGAAUACUAACCUAAUUACCAAGCCUAAUGUUUUACACAACACCGCUAGCCUGGAUCAAUGUCUAAUUUUAGUUAAGGGGAAAAAGCGUCAUUGAUUUUAAUAUUGAACAUUUCAGUCCGAUGUGACGUCCUUCUGCUCCACUCCACUCCCAACAACAGAGACGUGAAGUCAAGCAAGUUCACUUAUUAAUCCCAGACAUGCGUCGUGAAAGACUCGCGUCGACUUCGGGAACGCCCGUUCUUCUGGAGCGCGCGACCGAGCGCAAUAGGCUUGUCGACGUGUGACAUCACUGCAUGAAACAGCCCACCGAAGGCUGGAGUUUAGAUGAUGCACAAAGCCAGAAGUCACUUUUCCACGGUUCUCCUAACUGACACGCGCUCAACCUGGGGAAAAAAAUAUUUUAAAAUCUGACACACUGAGUUGGACUCGCGACUUUGGAGCUGUUGUUGUUUUUGUUUUGGGUUUUUUCUUGUUCUUCUCGUGCUCGGAUUUUAACUAUGGCUAUCAUUGAGCCAUACUGUGCGUCGUUUCUCUCGUUUUCCCUCGAAUCGGUGAUGCAAAUCUGAUCCGAAAUGAAGUUUGGGAAGAAUAUAUGCAUCCUGAACGUCGGUGGCACCAAGUACGCCUUCACAAGAGAAGUUAUAAAGGAUUUUCCCCUCCGAAGAGUGAGCAGGCUCCACAGCUGUUCCUCCGAAAAAGAGGUCCUGGAGGUAUGUGAUGAUUACGACCGAGAGAGGAACGAGUUUUUCUUCGACAGGCACUCCGAGGCUUUUGUCUUCAUUAUGCUUUAUGUGCGAUCUGGAAAGCUCAGGUUCGUCCCGCAGAUGUGCGAGCUCUCCUUUUACAACGAGAUGAUCUACUGGGGUUUGGAGAGCUCGCAUUUGGAGUUUUGCUGCCAGCGACGACUGGAGGAUAGGAUGUCCGACACUUACACGUACUUUUCAGAGGAGGACAUCAAGGCCGAGGUGGAGUCCAGAGGUGAGGAGGAUCAGGUCGCCAGGUUCGCCCCCGAGAGAGGAAACGCGCGGUGGCUGGAGAGGAUGCGGAGGACUUUCGAGGAACCGGCUUCCUCUGUCGCCGCGCAGAUCCUGGCAUCGGUGUCAGUGGUUUUUGUCAUUAUGUCUAUGGUCAUCCUCUGCGCGAGCACUCUGCCGGACUGGGACACAGCGAAAAACAACACAGUGGAAGAGCACAGGUACACGCACGAAUUCAACUUCUAUUAUUCUGGGAUCAUUGAGGCAGUAUGCAUUGGCUGGUUCACUGCCGAAUGCAUAGUGCGCUUCAUUGUCUCAAGAGACAAAUGUGAGUUUGUGCGCCGCCCCCUUAACAUUAUUGACCUCCUGGCGAUCACUCCUUACUACGUGUCUGUCGCGGUGACAGCGCUGACAGGAGAAAACCCUCAGCUACAGCGCGCGGGAGUCACCCUGCGUGUACUGCGAAUGAUGCGCAUCUUUUGGCUAAUCAAGUUGGCACGUCACUUCCUCGGGCUGCAGACGCUCGGGCUGACGCUGCGCAGGUGCUACCGCGAGAUGGUCAUGCUGCUGGUGUUCGUCUGCGUCGCCAUGGCCAUAUUCAGCGCCCUCGCGCAGCUGUUAGAGCACGGCCUCGACCUGGAGACUAGCAAUGAGGACUACGCCAGCAUCCCGGCAGCCUGCUGGUGGGUUAUUAUCUCCAUGACGACCGUCGGCUAUGGAGACAUGUACCCCAUCACCAUACCGGGACGCGUGCUGGGUGGCGUGUGCGUUGUGAGUGGCAUUGUGCUUUUGGCUCUGCCCAUUACCUUUAUCUACCACAGCUUUGUGCAGUGCUACCACGAACUCAAAUUCCGCUCAGCACGCUGCGUGCGAAGUCUCUCUUCUGAGUUUCUCAACUAGCUGUAGCAUAGAUCAUCCUGGGAACCUGCUGGUCUUCAGCGUAGUAACACCACCCGCUCUUCUGUGCCUUUAAACUGAACCGAGCUCUGGAAUAUAGAGAAGGAACGUUCUACUUCAGAUGGGAAUGAAAUCAGCAUUUAGACUCUCUUUGCAAAUCUAUUACAUCCAAAUAAUAACACAAGUACCU